GCAGAUACCUAAAUAUGAUGAAACCCAUUAAAGGCGUUUCUUUCUCAAUGCCCUUAUAGCUACUGCCUCUUUUCUUACUGGAGCUAGGUGGGCGGCUUCCUCUUUAAUCGAUUGCUUUUUUUAUGGAAAAUAUACACUCUUUCCCUUGGGACAUGAAUCCAAACUCAUGCGCUCAUAGGGACACUCAAAGGUUUCUUGGUUUUGGUUAUUUAAUUUGAAUCUUUAUGGUAACUAAACAUUAUGUUCUGUGAACACGUCUAUAUAUAUGGGGGGAAAAGCCUGGUUUCCAUUCAUUGAAACUCCUUUCUAAAACACUGCUCGUAAAUACUCUUUCUUCUUUGAUUUGACCUGAUAUUUUGAUGGCUAAGAGCUCCGAGAAGCCCAAGUUUAGUCUAAGACUUCUCAUUGAUGAGGAGAAAAACAGAGUUGUUUUGGCUGAAGCUGGGAAGGAUUUUGUUGAUGUGCUCUGUAGUCUUUUGACUCUCCCUAUGGGUACCAUUGUCAGGUUGCUUGAGAAGCAUCAGAAUCCGCAGUCUGCAAUUGUUGGUUGUUUUCACAAUCUUUACAAAAGUGUUUCAGACAUGGACGUUGAUAACUUCCAGACUCAAGCUUGUAAGAAUUUGUUGCUGCAUCCUCGUAGUGCUAAGGCGAGUCAUGGCAGAAAGCUAAAGCUGAACAUAGAUGACACUGAGGCGACCAAAUUCUUUGUCUGCCCAAAUUUUGUUUCUACUGAAGCAUGCCGUAAGUUAUACAGCCAUGUUAGUACCACGAAGUGUUGUUGUGGAAGUUCAAUGACCCAUGAGAUUCCGGUUGAAGAAGAUCAAGCUGAUGGAGUAUUGCUCAGCUGCAGAACAUCAUUUGUUAUUACUGAUGAUCUUAAAGUGGCAUUGAACUCUAUGGGUCUUGUUAUGAAUGUUCUCAAUGAUCUUGGCUACUCUGGUUUUGAUAAGCUGCAAGAAAUGCUUAUUGAUGUUGGUUUUGAAGAGAUUCUAACUUUGCUAGGGUGUUUGUUCACUUCGGAAGCUCCAUUGACAGACACCUUCCUGAGGAAACAUUGCAUGUCAAGGAAACGUAAAAUGUUGACACCACUUGUACAAGAAAGUAGUGUUGCAGGGGUUGCAGAAACACCCUUAACUUUGAAAGUUUAUGUUAGAAAGUCAGACAGGGCUGUUCUGUAUGCUGAAUGCAGAGAAGAAUUUGUUGAUUUUCUAUUCACUUUUCUUGCCAUCCCGCUUGAGUUUGCUUGGGAACUUUCUAUUGACAAUGUUAAAAUGGGCUGCGUUGGUAAUCUGUGCAGAAGCGUGAAAGAUUUGAGCUUUGAGAAGCAGAAAGAAGCCACUGUUUCUAAAUGCAUGCUUCCUUAUUAUUACUGGAAGGGCACAACCUCUAGAUGUUGUUAUCCAGGAAUCACCAGAAUAUGAAUGCUUGGUUUCCCGUUAUGGUCAUAGCAUGCUCUCUAAAAAGAUUAACAAGACUGUGCUUUCAAACGGUGAAAUACUUGCAAAG